CAACAACUGAACAACAACGCGCAUCGCCUACUAAUUCAUUGACAGCAUGUCUCGACAAAGCAUGGCGCCGAAUCGCAACCUGUCGCUGACAGAGGAAUUGGAGAAACUAGAGCAGUCGAUCACACUCACGCUUCAAGAAAUCGACCAGAACUUCAGCCGCGCGCAUCGCAUCGUGACCACAGGAAUACUUCCAAUUGUAGAGCACUAUGGAAAGCACUCUGAGGCGGUUUGGGAGGGCUCAAAGUUUUGGAAGCAGUUCUUCGAAGCCAGCGCAAACGUGUCGCUAUCCGGGUACGAAGCUCCUCAAGACGACUCGAUUACGCAGGACGACACACAGCAAGAGGAGACAUACGAGGAUGAAGAGACCGAGACUGGAUAUGUGACCAGGGAGGGAGCUACCACCCCUCAACGCCCGGCCUCGUCUCACGGCGAAUUGGAUGAAACCAUGACGCUCGACUCUCCUUCCAUGGGUCACAGCACGCCUGGAUUACCACAAUCGCUCAGAAAGGGCAGACAUGGAGACGGCGACGAAUUGGACGCCGAUGAGGAGGUGCCUCAGUUCGCCGGGCUCUCGUCGCCAUACGAAGCUCUACGACAAGAGCUCGAUAUCGGACCUUCAGGAUCUAGGACACCGAGAUUUGACCCCGUCACACCUGGCAAGUCACAAGCGCUCCCAGAAAUGAUGGGCUUCGACUCCUCGCCCUUCGUCCAGCCCACGACAUCGAAGAAGACGCACUUCAACCAGGACCCGCUCAUGCACCGCGUCCUAGAUAAGACAUUCCGUGUGCAGGCCACACCGCUCAUCAGUCCCCGGAAGUACAAGCCGACUGGUGCCUUUACUCCAGGCACUGCGCAGCGUGCUGCGCCAACACCUCGUGGCGCCGCAGCUAACUCGAGGAUACCCAAGUGGGACGAUUCAUCGCCACCUUCAUCUCCUGCGCCUCAGCUGCGUGCCGACAUCUUCUCACCCAUGAAAACACCCCGCACACCGGGUGUGAGUGUGCAGACACCAGCAAAGGGCAAAACGCCUAUGAGUGUGGGGAGGGACUAUGUUGAUUAUAGCGACGACGACGAGCUUGACUUCAGCCCACCCAAGACGAUUCAAUUUCACGUACCACAGACGAAGUUAUUACAGACACCCGCACGAGAAGCAAGCAGGCGCAUCGUCGACGAUCUGUUGAUGACUGCCGGCGGCGACUUCACAGACACAACAGGUGGGAUGGAAGAUGACAGUCCGAGCGUGGUCAGACGUCAGGUUGAUCUGGACGAUAGCUUUUAGGCGCUACAAGGAAGUCGUUGCAUGCUAUGUUGGACUUGUUGUUUAGACUCGCGAUACCCACAAUACGAUAUCAGAAAAAUGCCUUAUCGAUAGAGAUUCAGC